AUGGACGGCAAGCAUAUCCGUAUCAUGUGUCCUAAUAAGAGUGGCAGUCACUUCUUCAAUUAUAAAAAAUUUCAUAGCAUUGUUUUGUUUGCUGUCGUGGAUGCUCAUUAUAAAUUUUUGUACGUAAAUGUUGGAUGCCAAGGCAGAAACUCUGACGGAGGAGUUUUUGCCAACACAACGUUUGGGAAAACUAUCAUAAAUAAAACAUUGCACAUUCCACCAGUGGAACCAUUACUACACCGAGAACGGAACACUCCGUAUGUUUUGGUGGCGGAUGAUGCAUUCCCACUUUCCGAAAAUAUAAUAAAACCAUACUCGUGCGAUUUAAAUCGAGGAUCUCCGAAAAGAGUUUGUAAAUAUAGAAUAUCUAGAGCACGGAGAGUAGUUGAAAACGUUUUUGGUCUAUUAAGUUCAGUAUUUCGAAUUUUCCACACAAGUUUUGAACUAGAAGUUGAAACAGUUAAAUGUGCCACUUUGGCUACUUGUUAUUUACAUAAUUUUUUACGACGAAACAAGCGAGCGCGACAAUUAUAUACACCACCUGCUACGUUUGAUAUGGAGGAUACCGAUUUUAACUUAAUACCUGGACAAUGGAGACAAAACUAUGAUCCUGACGAUUUAAUUAAUUUAGAAAAUCGGCCAAGAAAUGCAUCUGUAAUAGCUAAAUUGAACAGAGAUGAAUUUAUGCAUUAUUUUAUGUCUCAACUUGGAAGUGUCCCAUGGCAAUCUGCUUAUUUGUAA